AUGGCUUCACAACUGACUCCUGUGCCGCCAGCGGCGUACAACACAUUAGCCACCAUCCCCAAAUCGAAUACAUUUACAUCGAAAUUGCCGCCGGAUCCUGCGUUCGAGACGCCAAAACAGUCCCACGAUGCGCCGCGAGAAACACUUGGCCCGCGCAUCGUCAAAGGCGCAAUGUACACCUAUGUCCGUCCCGAGACCGCCGAAGAACCGGAGCUUUUGGGUGUUAGUCCGCGAGCAAUGGAGGACCUAGGAUUGCAACCAGGCGAGGAAAAAACAGAGGACUUUGUCAGUCUAGUAGCUGGGAAUAAGAUUCUCUGGAAUGAGGAAGAAGGGGGAGUCUAUCCUUGGGCGCAAUGCUAUGGAGGAUGGCAAUUUGGUGCAUGGGCAGGACAGCUCGGAGAUGGCCGUGCUAUCAGUCUUUGCGAGUUGACAAAUCCCAGCACAAAUGUCCGCUACGAACUACAAUUAAAAGGUGCUGGACGAACACCGUACUCCCGGUUUGCGGAUGGCAAGGCGGUCUUGCGUUCAAGCAUUCGUGAAUACGUAGUGUCUGAAGCUCUCGAUGCUCUCGGAAUUCCCACUACCAGAGCACUAUCCCUCACAUUGCUACCAAAAUCCAAAGUCCUGCGCGAACGAAUAGAACCUGGCGCUAUUGUCGCCAGAUUUGCGCAGAGCUGGCUUCGAAUCGGCUCAUUCGAUAUCCUUCAUUCCCGCAAUGAGCGAGAUCUUGUCAGACAACUAGCAACAUAUAUCGCCGAAGAUGUCUUUCCUGGAUGGGAAUCACUGCCUGGGGUAGUCAACCUACCCAAUGAAGGUAGUAGUUCUGGAGAUGUAAAUGUCGACGACCCGCCACGAGGUAUCCCAGCUGCAGAGCUUCAGGGCAAAGAAGGACAGGAAGAAAACAGAUUCACACGGCUAUACAGAGAAAUAGUGCGCCGAAACGCCAAAACGGUAGCUGCCUGGCAAGCAUAUGGAUUCAUGAACGGCGUCCUCAACACCGACAACACCUCCAUAUUCGGCCUAUCCUUGGAUUUUGGCCCCUUUGCAUUCAUGGACAAUUUCGAUCCUUCAUACACACCGAACCACGACGACCACUAUCUGAGAUAUUCAUACAAGAACCAACCCUCAGUCAUAUGGUGGAAUCUAGUUCGCUUGGGAGAGGCAUUCGGUGAACUAAUCGGUGGAGCGGAACGAGUCGACGACGAAGAAUUCAUCACCAAGGGCGUAACCGAGGAAUUUGGCCAAAUCCUCAUCAAACGCGCCGAAACAAUCAUCAACCGUACAUGCGAAGAAUACAGGGCAGUCUUUAAGAACGAAUACGUGCGACUCAUGUCCCGGCGAUUGGGUCUGCUGACCAGCAAGGAAUCUGAUUUUGAGACGCUGUUUUCGGAGUUGCUUGAUACCAUGGAGCAUCUGGAGCUUGAUUUCAACCAUUUCUUUAGAAGAUUAUCUGAUAUUGGUACUGAGGAACUAGAGACAGAUGAGCAGAGACAAGCAAUCGCGAAAAGAUUCUUCCAUAAUGAAGGUGUCGGCGGAGUCGGGAAUACAGAAGAAUCCGCCUGCAAACGCAUAGCGGCGUGGUUGUCUUUAUGGAAGGAUCGAAUCCACGAAGACUGGAAACAAGAUGGAAGAACCGACCAAGAGCGCAAAGAAUUAAUGAAAUCCGUGAACCCGAAGUUCAUUCCUCGAUCCUGGAUCCUAGACGAAGUCAUCGAACGAGUUGAGCACAAAGGUGACCGACAAAUCCUCGGACGCGUCAUGCAAUACGCCCUAAACCCAUUCCAGGAAGAUUGGGGUGUGGACAAGGAUGAAGAAGAAAGGUUCUGUGGUGAUGUGCCUCGGUUCAAGAGGGCUAUGAUGUGUAGUUGUUCAUCUUAG